AUGGAAGCAGAGGAAGGUGAAUUUAUUACACCCAACAAAAAAGCAGGACACAUUCCCCCUAUAGUCUUAGCAGACUUCACGGGGGAUUGGGAUAAGAUGAAAGAAGAUUUUGAAGAGCAAUUAAAUAUAAAAAAAUAUCGUGGAAACCUAAGUGGAGGUACACUGACCAUAAGAGUUUAUGACUCAGACCACUACCGCACAGUUACUGAAUACCUAACUAAACUACUUAUUCCUUUUCAUACUUUUAAACUCAACAGUGAAAAGCCUAUCAAGGCAAUAAUUAAAAAACUUCCAAAAACAGCUAAUAUGGAACUAAUCAAAAACGAAAUUGCCCAAGAAGUCCUGAAUAUAGUUUCCAUAUUUUUUAGAGCAGAAGUAAUUGCCAUUGGAAAUGGUACUGCAUGCAGAGAAACAGAAGUGUGGCUUUCAGAUUUGAUAAAGAAGAAUUUUUUUGAGCCUUUGGAUGUCAAAUAUUGUAUCAUAAAUGAGAGUGGCGUUUCAAUAUACAGUGUUACCAAAGAAGCUGAAUUGGAAUUGCCUGACAUGGAUCCUAAUGUGAGAAGUGCAGUCUCAAUUGCUAGAAGACUCCAAGAUCCUUUAUUAGAAUAUGUUAAAGUAGAACCCAAACAUUUAGGUGUUGGAAUGUAUCAGCAUGAUGUGCCAGAAGCUCAACUGAAGAAAGCAUUGGAUAGUAUUGUUGAAGAAUGUGUGAGCUUUGUGGGUGUCGAUCUCAAUGUGUGCCCAGAAUUUCUUCUGAGGAAAAUUUCUGGUUUAACCGCUACAAGAGCAAAACAAAUUGUGGAAUGGCGAACCAAAAAUGGUUGCUUCAUCAACCGGCAGCAGCUGUUGCAAGUAAAAGGUUUAGGACAAAAGUCAUUUGAACAGUGUGCUGGUUUUGUCAAAGUUUUACCACAAACGUCUGUGUCAACUUCCACUCAAGUUCCUGAUGCUGAAGAAGAAAAACCUAAAGGGAAAAAAGCAAAAAAGUCUGCUGUCUUUGCUCCAAAUCUAUUGGAUCAGACAAUUAUUCAUCCAGAAUCAUACAACAUAGCUGAAAAGUUUUUAGAAGAAAUAAAAGGUAGCCCUCAGGAAAUAGGACAGCAGUUAUUGGUGGACAAGGUGUCACAGUACAUGAAAUUUAAAUGUAUAGAAAAUGUGGCAACCCAAUUUUCAGUCUCAGUUCCUCUCAUGCAACUGAUCAUCGAUGCAUUGAAGCAGCUGCAUGAUUAUGACAUAAGAGGAGAAUUUGAACAGCCCCUCUUCUUGACAUCAGUACGAACAUUUUCUGAUUUAAAAGUUCAUCAAAAACUUACAGGAUGUGUCAGAAAUGUUACUGCAUUUGGGGCCUUUGUAGAUGUUGGUGUAGGUGCGGAUGGACUAAUCCACGUCAGCAAGAUGAAAGGCCAGAAGCUAAGUGUUGGCGACAAGGUGUCUGUGCUGGUAAAAAGUGUAGACAUUGACAAAAAGCGAUUAGACUUGGAACUUUGUACUGACUCUGAUGUCAAACAAGAACCUCAAUGUCCCAGUUCAAAAAAAGCACAGAUACAACCACGCCUUUUUGCAGAUUUGAAAGUUAAUCAAGAACUUACAGGAUGUGUAACGAAUAUCACAGCCUUUGGAGCUUUUGUGGAUGUCGGAGUCGGUAAGGAUGGCUUACUUCAUAUCAGUAAGAUGGCAGGACAGAAUUUAAAUAUUGGUGACACUAUAACUGUGUUUGUGCAAAAUGUUGACUUCGAUAAAAAGCAAUUGCAAUUAAAUUUGGGCACCAACUUGAAAUUUAACCAACAGUCAAGUACUAAUGUAAAGAAUGAACAAUUAAAACCAAUGCCAUUCACCGAUUUGAAAAUUAACCAAGAACUUACGGGAGUGGUCAAAAACAUUGCUCCAUAUGGAGCUUUUAUAGACAUUGGAGUGGGUCCAAAUGGACUUAUUCACAUUAGUAGAAUGAGAGGCAAAGAGCUGAAUAUUGGGGAUAUUGUAUCAGUGGUUGUAAAAAGUGUAGACUUUAAGAAAAAACGCAUAGAGCUAGAAUUUUGCACAGAGUCUAAAGUUAAAACAGAGCCCAAUAAUUUCAAUAAUUUAAAAAAAGAACAGUCAAAAUCUCGCCAGUUCACUGAUUUGAGAGUGAAUGAAGAACUUACAGGGUUUGUAAGAAAUGUGACUAUGUAUGGAGCUUUUGUAGAUGUUGGAGUUGGUAGUAAUGGUUUAAUUCAUGUUAGCAAAAUGAAAGGACAACAACUACAAGUUGGUGAAAAAGUAUCUGUGCGUUUAAGAAGUAUUGAUUAUCAAAGAAAGCGAUUAGAACUAGAACUUCUGUGUGUAUUCUGAAUAAAUCACAUUUUAUAUUUAUUAAAGAAUAAAUAUACAUAAGAAAUUU